CUUUUAUUUUGACGGGAAAGUCACGGAUCUGUUCCUCCCGCAGCGCCGGAGGAAGAGCAGAAUCAGCUGAACUACAGAAGAAAUGAAAACGUUCUCCUGAAAUUCAUCACCAACAACCAGGAUGUUUAACUAAGAAAGAGGUGAAGCAGAAGCCAUCCUGAAGAAUCUCCAGAAAACGCAGAAAUUGUUUGCUACAUUUAACAGACAAAGAAGCCAAGUCCCAACAUGGAGAAACAUCAGCACUCUGUCAAGAGUUUUACUAAACAGAGUGAUCUCACAAAACACCAGCGCAUUCACACAGGAGAGAAACUGUAUUACUGCUCAGACUGUGGGAAGAGUUUUAAUCGACAGGGUCAUCUCAAAAUACACCAGCGCAUUCACACAGGAGAGAAACCGUAUCACUGCUCAGACUGUGAGAGGAGUUUUACUAAACAGAGUACUCUCAAAAUACACCAGCGCAUUCACACAGGAGAGAAACCGUAUCACUGCCCAGACUGUAGAAUGAGUUUUACUAGACAGAGUACUCUCAAACUGCACAAGCGCAUUCACACAGGAUUAAAACCAUAUUACUGCUCAGACUGUGGGAAGAGUUUUACUAGACAGAAUACUCUCAAACUACACCAGCGCAUUCACACAGGAGAGAAACCGUAUUACUGCUCAGACUGUGGAAAGAGUUUUACUACACAUAGUGAACUUAGUAAACACCAGCGCGUUCACACAGGAGAGAAACCGUAUCACUGUUCAGACUGUGGGAAAAGUUUUACUGAACAGAGUAAACUCAAAAAUCACCAGCGCAUUCACACAGGAGAGAAGCCGUAUCACUGCUUAGACUGCGGAAAGAGUUUUAAUCAACAGAGUACUCUCAAAAUACACCAGCGCAUUCACACAGGAGAGAAACCGUAUUACUGCUCAGACUGUGGGAAAAGUUUUACUACACCAAGUUAUUUCAAAAAUCACCAGCGCAUUCACACAGGAGAGAAACCGUAUCACUGCUCAGACUGUGGGAAGAGUUUUACUACACAGAGUGAUCUCAAAAAUCACCAACGCAUUCACACAGGAGAGAAACCGUAUCACUGCUCGGACUGUGGAAAGAGUUUUACUCAAUGGAGUAAUCUCAAAAAACACCAGCACAUUCACACAGGAGAGAAACCGUACCACUGCUCAGACUGUGGGAAGAGUUUUACUCAACAGAGUAAACUCGAAAAACACCAAUGUGUCACUGCUGUUUCCCGGUGCCUGGCACCGAACCCCAGUAUCCGUGGUUCAGAGAUGCCUGAAGCUGCGAGGCUUCUGAACAAGGCUGAGACAGGAGGGUCAGUAGUUGUAGCCCUGCUGGUGAAUUAGAAAAAGAAAAGAGGAAAAAGAAAAGUAAAUCAUCAGUAGACAGCGCUGAUCAUCCUUUGGUUUUGCCUUUUAAUUUUGGCAUUUAAAGUGCCGUCCACUCCAAACACUGAAUCACAAAAUGUGACUUUGCUAUUGAUUUUCCAUUUUGUGUUUUAAUUUAAAUUCUGCCAGACGCUCUGAUACCGAUGCCAUCGCGAGACUACGAGAAAUCCAACAUGGCGGCAUCACGCUGCUGGAAGAAAACAUGGUAAACUAAGAAAAAUACCUCCUUAAUUUAACCCUGGAUAACAUUUUGGACUUCCUGGACUACUACUGUUAUCGGUUGUGCAUCACGAGCACCAAGGGCAACCCAAAAAAGCAACUGCAACGCGACUGUUCCACUGAUACGAAGGAAGACAGCACGAGGACUGAAUCUCAGAUCAGUCUGCUCCACUCUAUUAACGAAAAACUCGCUAUCCUUGAGAUGAUGCACACUGACAUAAAAGAGCUCAAAACAAGUAUUGAGUUCACCCAGUCACAAAUAGACACUCUGCAGGCUGAAAACAAGGACUUAAAACUCUGUCAACAAACUCACUACCGAGAAGGAAACCGUCAAAAAUGAAAACAAACUAAUGAAAGAAACUAUUUUAGACCUCGAGGGCCGCAGCAUGCAUGACAACUUUGUAUUUUAUUGGAAUCAUUGAACGACCCUAAAAAGAUCUAGAGCAUAUAAUAAAAGAAUUUAUGCAAUCAGCGCUAAAACGCUCACAGGACACUGUCAACAACAUAACUUUCCACAUAGUCCACCACAUUGAAGUUAAAAAUAACAGCAACAGAUCAAGACCGAUCGUCGCCAAAUUCGAACAUUACAAACAAAAAGAACUUGUUAAG